GUAGCCUUCACGAUCAGACCUUCGCUGCAGAUCUUCGUUUUUGAUCUACGCAGCAAGGCCUUCAGCACGAGCCUUCAAGACCUACCUACUAUCAGGCUAUUAUGUACCUUAAUCUGUAAGUCUUCGCUUUAGAGACUGGGCUCACUAAGUACCUACUGAAAGGCUUUUUCGUGCCCAGGUAAUCUGUUACCUAGGUAGAGGUACAUAGGUAGACCAGUUGGACACCUAGCCACACCUAGCCACACCAGACUGCAUAUAAGCUUUCGCCACAGCUUGCCCGAUGGGACUACCUAGGUACCUAUAUGUACCUAGGUAGGUACAGUAUGCAUGCACCAUGACAUAAGCCUGCCCAGUUCCAAGGACGAGAGACAUCUAAAGAUCCAGAAGUGCAUGUAGCUACUUAAGGUAGACCACAGACGGAAGAAGAUAAUGCGGAAGACGAGGCUACUCAUAAAUCCAGCGGUUAUUUGAGUGCACGACUACCUUACCCCACCUUGCGAAUCUUCUAAUCUUGCGUUUCUACCCAUGGCCAUGGAUGAGCCUACUAUUGUCCGGAGCGAUGAAGACCAUACCCUCGGCCAUCGAAAGAUUCUCAUUCUCUAUGGAUCCGAGACGGGGAAUAGUGAAGAGUCCGCCGGCGACAUCGAGCGUCUCGCGCGGAGGCUCCAUUUUCAGACCGUUCUUGAAGAGAUGGACGACGUCGAGCUAAGCGACCUCCUACAAUACCCCUUCGUCGUCUUCGUUGUUUCCACUACCGGCCAAGGAGAACUGCCAAAAAACGCUCGCAAAUUUUGGAAGAGCCUACUGCGCAAGCGACUUCCACCUAACUGUCUUCGCCAGCUCAACUUCACCACUUUUGGUCUUGGUGAUAGCUCAUAUUUCCAGUAUAAUUGGGCUGCAAGAAAACUCCACAAGCGCCUUGAACAACUUGGUGCUGUUGAAUGCUUGCCUCGUGGCGAGGCUGAUGAGCGACACGAAGACGGCAUCGACGGGACCUUUUUGGCGUGGUGUCUUACUCUACGAACAUAUCUUGAAAAGGUCUUCCCAUUACCUCUCGGCUUGUCGCCAAUACCGUUGGAUGUUCAGCUCACUCCCAAGUUUACCAUUCGGCUAGUAGAAGAAGACAGAGUUACUGACUCCGAAUAUGAAAAAAUGCCCAGGUCUAAGAUUGAGAUUGACAACCAUGGCCGAAUUCUCGAUAGAGAAGCAGCCAUUUAUAGCCAUGUGGAUCAUUUACCUCGUCUCAAUACACUGAGGUAUGAGCAUGAAGUCGAAGGCCGAAUGCCAGAGCAGCACAUUAUGGCUCGUGUAUCGAAUAAAACGGCAACGAAUUGGCCCGGCGGUGUAGACAUACUUGACAGGCCCAAUGUAUUGAGAGAUAUUCCAACGAAAUAUUCUCUUGACGACUCGACUACAAGCCUAGACGAGAGCCCCCCUACUGCGAUACUCCCCAUACCUAGGUCGUGGGAGGCCAUGGUAACUGCAAAUGACCGACUGACUCCUGGUUCUCAUUGGCAAGACGUUCGACAUGUUGUCUUACGGGUUAGCGAACGCCUUGAUGAAGACGACUGCUCUGGCAAAAUUUGCGAUUAUGACAUAGAUAGAGACACUGGCAGGCUUGUUUAUAGACCUGGUGACGUGGCAGUCAUUUAUCCGAAAAACUUCACGCAGGAUGUUCAGACUCUUAUUGACAUCAUGGAUUGGGGAGACUUUGCGGACCGAACGUUUGAACAUAUCCCGGAAAGUGAUGAUAUCCCCCGCAAAAAACCCAGGCAUUGCUUUCCACUGAAGCACAGUACGCUGCGGGAUCUUCUGACCCAUAACUACGAUAUCACCUGUAUACCUAGACGUACGUUCUUCAUGGAAAUCGCUCACUACACGGAAGACACAACGCACAAAGAAAGGCUCAGAGAGUUUGCUGAUCCUAGGCAUUCUGAUGAGUUUUGGGACUAUACGUCUCGACCACGCCGAUCCAUACUUGAGGUCCUCCAAGACUUCCCAAGCGUUCGAAUCCCUUACCAACACAUCCCAUCGGUCUUCCCCGUCAUCCGCGGCCGGGAAUACAGUAUUGCAAGUGGUGGAUAUUUAAUGAACGAUUAUCGGCACCACGAUGACACCGUUAUAGACCUAGCAGUUGCUUUGGUCAAGUAUAAGACAGUGUUGCGCAAGACCAGGCAAGGCCUUUGCUCUCGCUACAUUGCCUCCUUGAAGCCCGGCACUAAAAUUAACAUUAAAAUUAUAUCCCAUAAGGUCCCAAGCAUAAUUCUUAAUCCGCUUACGCCACUUCUCGCUAUUGCCCCAGGCACGGGCAUCGCACCUAUUCGUGCUCUUCUUCACCACCGUGCGGCAAUCAUUAAGAAACACCAAGUUGAGGACACCACUAGAGACAUCCUAUUUUAUGGCGGCAGAAAUCGCUCGGCCGACUUUUUGUUCGAGAGUGACUGGAAGAAGCUGGAUACCAACGUUUUCACAGCAUUCUCGAGAGACCAAACAUCCAAAAUAUAUGUCCAGGAUCGUCUCCUUGAAAAUUAUAAACAAGUCUGUGAGUGGCUUGCCAAAGGGUGCGCCAUUUGCUUAUGCGGAAGCUCUGGGAAAAUGCCUGAGGCUGUCAGGGUUGCUUUAUACGACUGUAUGGUCAAGGGAGAGCUUGCGACUGAUCGUGAAGAUGCGAAGAGCAAAUUUCACAAAACCUUUGUGUUCUGGGAAGAGGUUUGGUAAGGGCUAUAUAACUGUGGUUAGAAAGGGGACGAAGGCAAGGCGUUAUGUUAGAGGUUGAGUUACUCCUAGACCUGAAAAGCGUGGCUGGUUGGGUCCAGUGACCUUCAGCGCAGCCAGUGAGACGGAUGCGAACAUGUGUAUCUGUAAUGUAUAGAAAGACUGGUCCCCCAAUGGUGCCAUUUUACUCUAGUUUAGCAUAUAACGUACCCAGAUUGCCUUGGUACGUGAGGUCCAGUGAGAUUGGAGAGUAUCUACCUUCUUCCCUACCCAAAUAGAUUUCAAGACUGAUAGAUCCUUCCGGAACUUCAUCGACUUGGUUGCUCACCUUAAUUCGUAGUCAUAUCAAGUUGAAUAAUAUCAAGAGAAGCAUGCC